AUGGCACUGGCCCUAACGGCACUGAGAGGGCUGCAGCAUGUGAAGAAGUUCUCGCGGUUUAGCCGCAAGUGGGCGCCUUUUGGCGUUGUCACGUUGGCGUCCAAUGCCAAUGGCCCUGCCUCUGACAAGAGAUCUGAAGGUGACGGUGGCAGCUAUGCUGGGGGGUGGAGUUGGGCGGCCAACGUGGCAUGGCAGGCUUCUUACUUAGCGACGUCAGCUGUUCUAGACAUCAGGACAGUGAAAUGCGUUUUUAGUGAUGUCAAGGAUACGGAUGUGGAUGUUUUGACGGAAAUUUUGGUUUGCUAUGGGGCAGAGGUAGUCAAGUAG